AUGAGUUUAGAGAGGGUUGGUAAAUGUCAGAUGGAUUCCAGGACGUCCAAAGCCACGAAAACCAUUUACGAGGUUUAGGUUUAUAUCCUUUGAUGUGCGCUACUCGUUAUACAUAAGUCGUGAAAGUUCUCUUUCUGCGAAAGAACUGUGUCGUACGCAAUGAGCCUAAUAAUAAAAAAAGAGAUAACAAGUCUCUUUCAGUCUCUUUGUCAAAAGUAUUUUUAUCGUCUCUGUUACAGGGUGACAGUGCUGGGCGUCCUGCUCGGCGUACUCGACUGGGAUCACAAUGUUACCUGCGUUUUUCUACUGUGGGAAUACUUCGUGGGAUACCUAGUCAUUUUCGUGUUAUCUAUGAUAGUAGAAUUUUCCAUUUGCUUUCUGGCUACCAGGGGAAGCAUCCUGGACACUGCAGCCAGAGCUCCAAUGCAAUAUAUUCUCUACUCCUUUUAUCGGUUGAGACUGGCUGGCUGUGCGCAGGUGUAACGUGGUUAUCGCAUUUCUAUCAAACCUGCACCAUCGGUCAAGUUAAAGAUGUAAUGUUGGGUUUAGUGGUAUCAAAUUGGUGCGUAUUGGCGUCAGUGAUGGUAACAGUGUGGUGCACGUACGACGCAGCGGGUAGAUCGUGGGUGAAAAUGAAGAAAUACCAACGAAGCAUGAGGGAGGCGGAAUCGAGAUGCGGUAAAUUACAUUACAACCGAAGUGGUAGCAGAAACAGAAACUGGCGGCAAAGAAUUCGUUCGCGGACAUCGCCAGACUAUUGAGCGAUUUCUUCCGAGAUCUCGAUGUGGUUCCAUCGGACGUGGUCGCCGGUCUGGUGCUAUUGAGAAAAUUCCAGAAAAUCGAACGGGAACUGAUAGUGAAGCAACGAAAGAACGAUACGUACGAGUUUCUGUCCGGCGUACCAGUUACACCCCGCACUAAAUUCUUGUCCUUGACCGAGGAUGGCGAUCUGGGCCACUUCCAGUCGGCCAUUCAUUAUAUGCACUUUGCUCUCGCUGCUUAUGGCUGGCCCAUGUUCCUCGUUAAUCAUUCUACCGGUCUUUGUCAGCUGUGCACGAGAUUGCGAUGCGGCUGUUUCCCGUGCGGUGGACACGAAGACGAGGCGACCGUUGUGGAAGACAAUUGUUGCCAGUGCAAUUACGCGGCGUUGAGAAAGAUGGUUGACGUCGCUGAAGUGGAGGUCAUUUAUGCGACUUUUCACGUCGACGUCGGUGAGACGCCGUUCUUCGUCGCGCUCGAUUACACGAAGAAAAAGGUUGUCGUUAGUAUACGAGGAACCCUCAGCAUGAAGGAUGUAUUAACGGACUUGAACGCGGAGGGUGAAGUGUUACCAUUGUCACCACCGAGAGACGACUGGCUGGGCCACAAGGGUAUGGUCCAAGCAGCUGAAUACAUUCGAAAAAAGCUGCUCGAAGAAGAAAUUAUAACCCGCGCUCUCGCCAAGGACACGUCGAGAGGGACCCAUCAGUUUGGUCUGACACUCGUUGGCCAUUCCCUAGGAGCGGGUACAGCGGCUAUCUUGGCGAUUUUGCUUAAGCAAGACUACCCUGAUCUGGUGUGCUUUUCGUUCGCUCCACCGGGUGGUCUCUUGAGCAUGCCUGCUCAGCAAUACUCGCAAGAAUUUAUUACAUCGGUGGUAGUCGGGAAAGAUGUCGUACCUAGGAUAGGCCUCAGACAAAUGGAGAGCUUAAGAGCUGAUCUCAUCAAUGCUAUAAAAAGGAGUGUCGAUUCAAAAUGGAAAACGAUAGCAUGCUCGGUGAUGUGUUGCGGUUGCGGCUCCACCCCUACGUCGGCUGCGAAUUUAGAGGCUGGUGGAUGUAUCAGCGAAUAUCAGAGGGACAAGGACCUGGCUCGUUCGCAGACCGUUGUUCCAAGCGACUCCAGCAUCGCGUUGACAUUGCAUAGGCCACUGUACCCGCCUGGCCGAAUCAUACACGUUGUUCGACAUCAUCCCAACAAGGGAGAACAAAUGUUGCACAAACAUGAACCCGUGUACCAAGCGCUUUGGGCAGGACCGUGUGACUUCGACGAGGUGUUGAUAAGCCCGGUGAUGAUACAGGAUCAUAUGCCGGACAAUAUGCUGAAAGCAUUGAACAAGGUAAGCCAGAUCGAUUCGAUAAUUCGUCAGAUAAAGAGGUCGCAACAGCCGGUUUGCCGAAUGUCCUCGGUGAGGCCCGGUAAUUACGAACUGUUGGAGGAAACGACGGACGAACCGGACUCGAAGGAAGAUGACAAGCCUCGAAACAUAGUAACGAAUGUAGAGAGUAACGGAUACGUGAAAGAUGGAGAUGUUAGUAGCGUGCGAACUGAAAGUACUCGAAACGUCGCGGAAACGGACAAUGAGACUAUCGUGGUCAAUGUCGAGCGUGCAGAGAUCGCGGCGCUGCAGACGGAGAUGCAGCAACGCGUGCAACUGUUGCGACGGACGCAGCGACCCAACGGACUCCUGAACAACGACACGUCGUACUUCAUCAUCAAAGCGCAUCGACGAGCUCUCGCGGCCGCGACGCCAACGUCUAUGUCACCACACACUCUUCUCGCCACGGCACAAGGUUGUAACGACCCUGGGACCGGCGAAGCCACAGAGGUUGGCUUCCGGUCACGCAUCAUCGACGGAGGCGUCGGAGGCGCGCGAGGCCGUCGAGAUCCAGGAAGUGGAGAUCGAGCAGGAGAUGAGAGCGUUACUCUCUUCGUCCAGCCCCGUAAAGUCGCAUCCUAGCAACCUGGCUGGGACGCCACCUCACAAACUCUGCCUGGAGACGAGCUUCACGUCCCUGCAAAGCCCAUCCGAGUUCCCUCAGGCUGGUCGUGAACUCAGCGUCGAUUCCAGAGGGAUUCCGUGGGAGUACGUCAGCCUGGCCAGCGAAUUGCUCAACACGCCCAGGGCCGACGAGAGUAAAUCAUGGAAUCGUCGAAGCGACUGGGACGAGAGUUCUCGAACGGCACCACUGGCCACGCCAGAAACCCUGUCGGAGGCGUCAAGCAGUCCACCAUCGCCGGUACCACCACCGAGGCCAAUGAGGCGCACACCCAAGAUUUCGGGAAACUUGUCAACGGCGGCGGACGACUUGAAGAACAACCUUCACUUCGCUAUGCUCUCGGCGAAGAAUUACUUCCUGAGGGAAGGGAACAACGGCAGUAACACAAGUAGCGGCAAUAGCGAGGCAAGCUACGAAAGCGCCAGGAGCUUAACCGCUGGUCUUCCGCCGCCAAUACCAAGAAGACGGGACUCAGUUAUCGUCAGGAGAGAGCAAAGGGUGUGUACGGCUGCUUGCUGUAGAGAUGAUUUGUCGGAGAAUUCUUCGUCGCACACCUCUUCUCAUUCGUCUAGGACGUCUCACACGUCGAAUCGAGUGCAAUCAGGUUUCCCCGUGGAGGAACACGAGACGAAUGGAUCUAGCUUAGACUUUUUCGAAGCAAAAGGUUCUUCUGGACAACGUGAUAGUAGCAACGACGUGUUCCUCAGCGUGAGAAGUUCCCCGGAGUGUAAAGGUUUGAUGGCACCAGCCACGGAUUUAGGAGCAGAGUGGAAAAAGAAAUUUGACGCGACAGGAAUGCCCGGUGAUGCUUCAUUACCCCUUUUACGUGGACUAUCGCCAACACCUACGCACGGGCAACAUAGUUCGCCCUUCUUCAAUGCGAAACGUAAGAAAUACGUCUACCCGAUUACACUGGUUGGUCGAGGCGAAAGUAGCGUUUAAUUGCAAAAUAUUAGACCGACCGGGGACCAUAGAGAAGAGGCUGGAUAGAUUUUAAGUAACCAAUAGGUGUCUGUGCCAAUGUCACAUCCUUCAGUGUGAUCGUUUAGAAUCCCUUAAAACCAUUGACUAGAUGAACAUACGAAAUAUUCUAAAAUUAAGGGGCCAUAUAUGUGCGUUGCCUCUUUUUAUACGAUCUUUCACUGAAGCAUGAAGACAGUAAAUGAAGGUUCGAAAUUUGAAAAAAGUUCUAAGAUUUUCGAAAUAAUAGGUAGAUAGUCAAAUUGGAAUAUUUAGUUUUUAUUAUAGGAUAAAAGAAGCUACUUUCUGUUUCCCUUUUUGUACAGCCUCGAGUGAGACGAAAUAUUUUCUGAUUCAAAAAGUUUUCUGCCAACUUAAAUAAUAAACCAAAGGACAAAUAAAUACUACAGAGAUAUAAUUACGUGUACAUUAAAGCUCUAAAAAGUAAAUAUACAUAUAUAAAAACAAAUAGGAAAAUUAGUAAAAAGGCAAUGGAUUAUAUGAAUGACAAUUUACACAAAUGAAGAUGCCUUGCCAUUCAAAAGAAAUAUCAACUUUUAAAAGUAACUUAUACGAAUAUAGAUUCUUGUUCUUUUUGAUCUGUUGAUUGUUAUAACAUGGUAAAAAUAUGUAAACGUUUGUAAGGAAGUUGAACUGGCCUAUUCAUCGAUCGUUUAGUACGAAUUUUUAUGCAUUUUUGCACAUUUCAGUACAUUAUUGUACAUUUUUGUACAAUAGAGUUAAAAAAGUGUGUGAUAAAAUAACAUAGUGUUGUUUAAAUGUAUUUCUUAUAAUCAUCCAUAUGAUUUUACUAUGUCACUUAACAUUGUCUCUUACUUGACGAUUGAGAUCUUUUUUUAUUAUACGAUUAAACAAUAAUUUCUAUUACAUUUUGUAUUAAUUUUUUAACGAACGUGAAAAUAGGACUGAAAAUGUAUACAGAUUAUACAGAAGAUGUAAAAUAUCCAGUAAAAAAUAUAAUUAUGUAACAGAAAACUAUGAACUAUGAAACAUAAUUUUUAUUAACAAUUUUUUAAUAGUUGAAAACUUAAAGUAAAAUUACUGUAUUU